AAGGUAAUAGCCGAAUUUAAUUGGAUAAAAGUAUAGACAAAAGAUAGUCGUGAAAUUGUGAGAGAAAGCUUUGUUGAAAUAUGAGUGAAGAUUUUUCAAAAUUGUCAUACAAGGAACUUCAAGCACUUGCUGCGGCAAAUAAAAUACCUGGUAAUAUUAAGAAAGAAUUAUUGGUUGAUUUUCUCGAGGCCUUAAAGUGCGGCAACGAAGUUCAAGUGAAUCGAAUGUUAAUUGAAUUAAAGGAAAAUCGCAAGCGAAAAGUAAGGAAACGUAAGUUGGAGAGGCUUGAAAAAAUGACUGCCGUAACCUCAACGCCAAUGCACAGUCCAAAUUAUUCUUCGAUUGAUGAUCGUUUCUAUUCGCCGCAGCAUCUUCCGCCGUACCGCUGGACGGCACCGGAAGAUGAGAUGAUGAAACGAGAAGAUCCCCACUACGAGAUGUUCCGUCAAUACUUAAUUCAAAGGAUUCAGAAGAACUAUCAAAAUUUCGAUACAAAUAACAAUGACGCCGAAAUGGACACAAGUGUCUUAAAUUUAAAAGCCGGUGCAAUGGAAUUCUCGACGCAGUCAAAUGUCUUUCAAAAUCCAACGGAGACAAAAACAUUCCUCCCCUCGCCAAUUAUCGAAACACCAGUCGCCACAGUUGCCGGUGAAUCGCAUUCGUCAAGAAACAUUAUCAACGACACUUACAAGCCGAUGAUUCUCCAAAAAAUGCUGCAAGCACCACUUGGAACAAAUUUAGGAGCAAUGGCACGUCUCGAGGCAAAUCGAAUGUGGCCCGUCGAACACUAUCGAUCAUUACGUGACAUCGAUGACAAUAAUUCCGACACAAUUACCGCCGAUUCAGAAAGUGGCGACGAAGAAUGGAACGAACGUGAAUGCUACAACAUUUUCGAUCAAAGACGCCAACAACAAGUAUUCACCGAUCAAAAUACUCAAAUUCCCCAAAUAAAUCUCGAUCAAAUGAUGAUGAAUUACCUGCAGAAUAAUGGCCAAAAUGGAUAUCAAAUGCCAAAUCAAUCCAAUUUCGCUCUCGCCAAUAAUGUCCAGGAGAAUUGCCAGGCGUGGAUUGAUAAUUCUUUGGAUUAUCGAGGACCAAUUGAUUAUACAGAAACUGCGGAUGCUUCGAGAAUUUAUCCAUCGUCUUAUUCGGUCGACGAUCAAGUGAAUUAUCCACCAUUUCAGAGCGAUGUUAAUGUGACGAAUUUUGGGAAUAAUAAUUCAUCAAUUGAAAAUAAUAGUUUGCAAAUGCAAAAUAUGCAUUCUUAUUAUCAAAUACCGGCGAGUCAUAUUCAACAGUAUCGUCCUGAAUUUUAUGACCAUAAUAAUCAUUCGUCGGCAAUUUGUGGGAAUAAUCAGUCGUUUAAUGGAAAUGUAUCGCAUUCAUUUAAUUCGAUACCAACGCAACAGGAGUCUUAUGGAAUUUAUUCUCAGGAGAGUUCAACUUCCGUGCCGCCAUAUUCGGUGGGGGAAAAUUUUCAAUAUUCAAUGUAUCAGAAUCAGUGUAAUAAUCAAUCAACUUCGACGUUCACGCAGGCGAAUAAGGAGCAUAAUAUUCAGAUGAAGACUGAUGUUAAUUCCCAAAAGGAGAGAACUAACACAACCGAUACUUAUUGGCCGAAAUGGUCGGAAAAUAAUGCGAAUGAUUUACGUUUGGAGAAUAUUUUAAAUCUCAGUACGGGCGGACCAACCGAUUAUACAAAAUUAAAUCAAACCUCGAGUGUCUAUUGUUUUGCUCCACCAUUGUCGUGUCCAUUGUCAGGAUUAUCCAGUUCACAGCACGUUGAGCGAGCUGAAUUUAUGACCGCAGGUCGAUUUCAUACAUUCAUUCCAAAUAGUUUGGUCUACAGCGAUUCAACAACAGGUAUGAGAAUGGCAAACUUACCUGUUAAUAAUCGCGAAGAAACAGAAAGUGAAGAAUCAAGUAUUACAAUAGGUUACAGAUCUGACGACAGCUUUCAACCUGAACCAAUUCAAGAGGUUUGGAUCGCAGAUUUCAAUAAUCAAGAUGACAAUGAAUCUAACGAUUAUCUCUCAACAUCUUGUGAAACGAUUCCCGAAUAAUUAGUUUUAUUUAUUUAUUUUUUUUAUUUCUAUAAAAAAGCCAACGAUUUUCCUAGAAAACGUCAAUUUAUAACGAGAAAAAGAAAAAGAAAGAAAAAUAAUUUCCUUAAUUUCAUAAUUAACGUUUUGAGAACGAAAUUAUGGAAAAGGAAUUAAAAUUCCCAUUUGAAUGUGGGAAGAAAAUUUAUCGAAAAAUUUGCGAAAAAAUCAUUCACUGCUUUGAAAGCAGAUUGAAAAGAGUAAACAGCGUGAAAAAGAAAUAUUUUUUUACCCUGAAAUUUCAAUAAUAGAGAAUUUUGAAAUUUAUCUUAAAUUUUCCAGGAUUCUCUAAAAUAUUAGUUUAUCGAAAUUUCACUGUUUUUUUCUUUUAAAACUAUUUUACCGACUACGGUAUAUUUUGUUCUUUUUUACAAAACAAAAAUUCACUUAUUAAUUGUAAGUACUAGAAAAAUAGUUUAAAACUUAUCGAUUUAGAUUAAAAAUUCAAUACAAUUGAUAUUUUCAAUUUCAUAUAAUGAUUUUUGUUUGAAAAUUUUAUUCAAAAGAUCUCUAUCAUUAUUAUUACGUUAAAAUUACGAAUCUAGACUAAUUAACUUAGAAUUAAUUUAAAUUUAAUCGAGAAAAAUAAUCCGAGAUAAUAAUUCGACAAUUUUCGAAUUUUUAAGAGUAAAAACACUUUUUUUUAUAGACUUUUUUUAUUUAUAUAAUUAUUCUCGAAUUCUCGCCAAUUCUCGAAUUCUUCAUUUCUUAAUAAUUACUAAUUAAUAAUUCAUAAUUCUUCAUUUAGAAUCUAUUAUUUAUUUAUUUAUAUAUAUUCGCAGAAAAAACCUAGAGAUAUUUUAGUAAUUCAAAAUUACACGCUGAGAAAUCCAAUUUAAAAAUAGAAAUUAUAAAUCGAUUUAUUGAUUGAAGAAUCAUUAAUAAAAAAAAAAUAUGUUUACAUCAAGAAAUUUAGAAUCAUAAUAAUAUAAACAAAAAUUACUUUUAUUUUGCGUAAUUUUUAUUUUAUUUUGCGCCAAUUUUAGUUUUUUUGGGAAAAUUUUCAAUUUUGGAAAGUUUCAAUUUUGAGAAUGAAAAUUUAUAUUUACUUGGGAAAAUCUUAAUUAAAAAAGAGAAAAUUUUGAAAUAUGUUUAGUUUGCAAAAGAAAGUGCUUGUUUUAUCAUCGUAGCAAAUAAGUACAUUUUUCUAUACUUUUUUGUGAAUUUGAAAAUUAUGAUUCUAGACUUUCAGAAAAUUUGUGACAUGUCUGAUAUUUAAUUAUUUACCAAUAGCAGAUUUAAAUAGAAUUUAUAAAAAUCGCUAAUUUAUAGACAAGCAUUUUUUGACAAAACUCGAUUUAGAAAAUAAUAAUUAUUGUAAAAUGAACUUUUCAAAAGUUUUUACAGCAAUAGAAUAAUUACGUGAAGAAUAAAUUUUUCAACGAAAGUGUAUAGAAGAAUAAUACUAUGUUAAUAAUAAUAUUGUAUUAAUAAUAAUACUAAAUAUUUAGCAAAAUUUAAACAAUUAUUAGGAAAGAAAACAGAUUUGUUGGAUUUUUCAUUAAUCUUUUUUUUUGUAAUUGUUUCGCCUUUAAAAUGUAUGUACACAUUUUGAAAAAGGAAUAAAAUGUGUAUAGAAACGCAAUUACAAAUUUAUAGAGAAUUAGAGAAUUUUGAUCACAGAAAAUGAAGUUUUCGAAGCAACUUCUCAUCAUUUAAUUAUAGUUAAUAAAUUCUUUGUUUUGUAUCAACACUAUCAAUAAAUAUACUACAUUGUAUUCAA